UAUGAAUAUAUGGGCUCCAAGAAGGAACAGAGAAGAAAGAAGAAAGAAGAAGAAAGAAGGCUCUUACGCCCAUUUUUGCACUUUGAUCAUCACAAGAUUCACAUUCAUUUCAGAAAGCUUCAAAAACAUUGGAUAUUGAAGUGCUGAUUGGAAAGGGAAGAAUGUCCUCCUUAAUGCAUGGAUCACUGCUGCAAACUAUAGCAGAUUGUGAUCAAGGAUUGUUGAGGAGGGGAAAGUACCAUUUGGGUCACACCCAUCUUCUCAAAGAAAAACAUUCAUCUUUGAGGGGAAACAGGGGUGGUAGUAGAAGUAAAGGUAUUUGCUGCCAAGAUUUGCAUAUCAGUAGUCCAAAGCCAGAGAGACAUGAGCCUCCUAAUCGUCACGGUUCGAGAGCCGAUGCCGUUCUUAGCCCCGUAAUACCUACUACCAAAAAGAGGGUAUUCACUUUUGGAAAAGGGAGGAGUGAGGGUAACAAGAGCAUGAAGUCCUUGUUGGGAGGGAAGGGAGCUAACCUUGCAGAGAUGGCGAGCAUCGGGUUGUCCGUUCCGCCUGGACUCACCAUCUCAACUGAAGCAUGCCAAGAGUACCAGAAAAAUGGAAAUAGAUUGCCAGAUGGCUUGUGGGAAGAGAUACUGGAAGGCUUGGAAAUCGUUGAAAAGGACAUGGGAGCUGUUCUUGGUGAUCCUUCGACGCCUCUCCUUCUCUCGGUUCGGUCGGGUGCUGCUAUCUCAAUGCCUGGAAUGAUGGAUACUGUCCUCAACCUUGGAUUAAACGACGAAGUGGUUGCUGGAUUGGCUGUAAAAAGUGGAGAGCGUUUCGCAUACGACUCGUAUAGGCGCUUCCUAGACAUGUUUGGAGAUGUUGUGAUGGGCAUUUCCCAUUCUUUGUUUGAGGAGAAGUUGGAACAGUUGAAAAUCGAAAAGGGAAAGGCACUCGAUACCGACCUGACCGCCUCUGAUCUUAAGGAGCUUGUGGAACAGUACAAGGAUGCUUACAUUGAAGCUAAGGGUGAAAAGUUUCCUUCAGACCCAAAACAGCAGCUGCAGUUAGCUGUGAAAGCAGUUUUUGAUUCAUGGGAUAGCCCAAGGGCCAACAAAUACAGAAGCAUCAAUCAAAUUACAGGGUUGAAGGGAACUGCUGUGAACAUUCAAGCCAUGGUGUUUGGAAACAUGGGACAUACUUCUGGGACAGGAGUAUUGUUCACUAGAAAUCCUAGUACUGGUGAAAAGAAGCUGUAUGGAGAGUUCCUCAUCAAUGCUCAGGGUGAGGAUGUAGUUGCCGGGAUUAGGACGCCUGAGGACUUGGACACCAUGAAAGCUUGCAUGCCAGAAGCAUACAAAGAGCUGGUUGAGAACUGUGAAAUUUUAGAGCGACAUUACAAAGACAUGAUGGACAUUGAGUUCACAGUCCAAGAAAACAGGCUGUGGAUGUUGCAAUGUCGUUCUGGAAAACGAACAGGUAAAGGUGCUGUGAAGAUAGCUGUAGAUUUGGUGAAUGAAGGACUUGUCGACACUCGAACUGCUAUUAAGAUGGUUGAGCCACAACAUCUUGACCAACUCCUUCACCCUCAGUUUGAAGAUCCCUCUGCUUACAAAGACCAAGUAGUUGCAACAGGCUUGCCUGCAUCUCCUGGUGCGGCAGUGGGGCAGAUAGUAUUCAGUGCUGACGACGCUGAAGCCUGGCAUGCUCAGGGAAAGAGUGUCAUCUUGGUAAGGACAGAGACCAGCCCAGAGGAUGUUGGUGGUAUGCAUGCAGCUACUGGUAUUUUGACAGCCAGAGGUGGAAUGACUUCUCAUGCCGCUGUCGUCGCUCGUGGAUGGGGAAAGUGCUGUGUUUCCGGUUGCUCAGAUAUCAGAGUAAACGACCAUGAGAAGGUUCUUGUCAUUGGAGAUUUGGUAAUCAAUGAAGGUGACUGGAUAUCCCUUAAUGGCUCUACAGGUGAAGUGAUAUUGGACAAGCAGCCACUCUCCCCCCCAGCUUUAAGUGGGGAUCUGGAGACCUUCAUGUCUUGGGCUGAUCAAAUAAGACGUCUCAAGGUUAUGGCCAAUGCUGACACUCCUGAAGAUGCUCUUACAGCUCGAAAUAAUGGUGCCCAAGGAAUUGGCUUGUGCAGGACAGAGCAUAUGUUCUUUGCAUCAGAUGAGAGGAUCAGAGCUGUGAGGAAGAUGAUAAUGGCAGUUACAGCUGAACAAAGAAAGGCGGCUUUGGACUUAUUACUACCGUAUCAAAGAUCCGACUUCGAGGGAAUUUUUCGGGCGAUGGAUGGUCUUCCAGUGACCAUUAGACUGUUGGACCCUCCACUCCAUGAGUUCCUUCCUGAAGGCGACCUGGAAGAGAUUGUCAAAGGACUAACUGCAGAGACUGGAAUGAGUGAAGAUGAAGUGUUCUCUAGAAUUGAGAAACUCUCAGAAGUUAACCCAAUGCUCGGUUUUCGCGGUUGCAGGCUCGGGAUCUCGUACCCGGAGCUCACGGAAAUGCAAGCUCGUGCAAUCUUUCAGGCUGCUAUCUCAAUGAGCAAUCAAGGAAUCAAAGUUCUGCCUGAGAUAAUGGUUCCAUUGGUUGGAACACCACAAGAACUUAGACAUCAAGUCACCUCGAUUCGUGGCGUCGCCGAGAAGGUGUUCUCAGAGAUGGGUUCCUCCUUAAGUUACAAAAUGGGAACCAUGAUUGAAAUUCCUAGAGCUGCUCUUGUUGCAGAUGAGAUAGCAAAGGAAGCAGAGUUCUUCUCAUUUGGAACCAAUGAUCUUACACAAAUGACUUUCGGAUACAGUAGAGAUGAUGUGGGCAAGUUUCUUCCUAUUUAUAUAGCCAAAGGAAUUCUGCAAAAUGACCCUUUUGAGGUUCUUGACCAGAAGGGAGUUGGGCAGCUGAUCAAGCUAGCCACAGAAAAAGGGAGGGCAGCCAGGCCAAAUUUGAAGGUUGGAAUCUGUGGAGAACAUGGUGGAGAGCCUUCAUCUGUUGCAUUCUUUGCAGAGGCUGGACUUGACUAUGUUUCUUGUUCUCCUUUCAGAGUUCCAGUGGCAAGAUUGGCUGCAGCCCAGGUUGCUGUUUAAGAGAGAAAUAUUGAAAUUUGGAUAUAAGUUUGUGGAUUUGUAAAUAAGAAUUGAUUGGUUGAAUAAAGGAAGAUCAAAAGGGAGACCUUCAAAGGUAUUGAAAGCAUAGAAAAUAUUGUAUAAAUGAAUUACUUUCUUGUUUAAAUGUA